AUGGGUCUAUCACGAUUAAAUCGUGUUAUUGCCGUCUGUAUUCUUAUCGCUGCUAUUAUUUAUGGAUGGAAGACUUUAUUCGAAGCUCGACGUCCACCGUGUUAUUCAAUUGAUGUAAAAUAUUUUGGUUCAGGGGUUUCACCAUCAACUGAUGCAGAAGAUUUGUCGAUCAAACCGUUUCAAGUCCCUUUUGAUCGAUCACAAGUUGAUGAUAUGAUAAGUCGUGUGCGUAACACAAGGUUCUACGAACCACAGAUCGCUGUUGACAAUCGACAUGUUAAUAAAUCAAGUUAUGGGUUUAAUCGACAGACAGCUGAAAGUGUUCGUGAAUAUUUAAUCAACACUUUUGAUUGGAAAAAGACCGUUCAAGAAUUGAACACAUUUAGCCACUUCAAAACCAACAUUGCCGGUUUGGAUAUUCAUUUUGUUCGCGUAAGAAAAAAUGCGCAGACGAAUAAGAAAAGGGACGCGAUCUUGUUCUUACAUGGUUGGCCAGGUUCAUUUCUCGAAUAUCUCGAUGUUGCUCGACAAUUCAAUUCGUCAACUACUGGAAAUUAUGAUAUAAUCAUUCCAUCAUUACCCGGUUACGGUUACUCAGACGCGCCACUCCGAGGCGGCAUGAAUCCACCACAAAUGGCUCGUAUUAUGCAAAACUUAAUGCAACGUCUCGGACACAGCUCGUAUGUUGUUUGUGGAGGAGAUUGGGGAUCGUUUAUUGGCACACAUAUGGCCCAAUUGUAUCCUGGUCAUGUUCGAGGACUUUUGAUCACAUUAGUCACACCAGCUUUAACAGCGAAACACUAUGUUCAACUAGGACUUGCUCAUUUUCUCACGCCAACGAUUUUACUUGAUUUUGACGAACAAGAUUUCUUAGAUGAACGUUUCAAUGCGAAAAAAUAUCUCGAAUUCCUUUGGAAAGAAGGUGGUUAUUUUCAUCUACAGGCUACUCGACCUGACACAAUCGGCUAUGCUCUCAAUGAUUCGCCACUUGGCUUAGCUGCCUAUAUAUUAGAAAAAUGGUCACGUUGGAGUAAUACUCAACAUGACGUUGAUCAAUCGAUCAAUUCCGGUCUCGGUCGUUUCACACUUGACCAACUUCUUUCCAAUGUUAUGCUAUAUUGGACAACAGGAACAAUAACAUCAUCCAUGCGUCUUUAUUAUGAACAUAUUACUUCAUUAGCUUCUGGUUAUGAUGACAAACUUUACUAUGGCCCAUUAGCUGCUUCCGUACCUGUAGCUAUUGCCAAUUACCGUAAUGAAUUACUCUACGUCCCACGCACAAUUGCACGUGCUCGAUAUCCAAAUAUUAAAUUAUGGCUAUAUCAUGCAUCAGGCGGCCAUUUUGCUUCCAUUGAACAGCCACAAGAGUAUUAUCGUGAUGUCGAAAAUUUCUUAUCACGACUUUAA